CACUUCAGCGGUGCUUCAGUACCCGGCGGCCCUCGCGGCCGGUUCCGGGCGUAAGGACAGUGCGUGAUGGCGGGGGCUGGUUCCGCCGCCGUGUCUGGUGCGGGGACCCCGGUGGCGGGGCCCGCAGGCCGCGACCUGUUCGCUGAGGGUCUCCUCGAAUUCCUGCGACCGGCUGUGCAGCAGCUCGACUCUCACGUCCACGCCGUCAGAGAGAGCCAGGUGGAGCUACGGGAACAAAUUGACAACCUAGCUACCGAGCUGUGCCGAAUCAAUGAGGAUCAGAAGGUGGCCCUGGAUCUUGACCCCUACGUGAAGAAGCUUCUUAACGCCCGGAGACGAGUUGUCUUGGUCAACAACAUUCUACAGAAUGCCCAGGAACGGCUGAGGAGGCUAAACCACAGUGUUGCCAAGGAAACAGCCCGCAGGAGGGCAAUGCUGGACUCAGGAGUUUACCCCCCUGGAUCCCCAAGCAAGUAAUAGGCCAGAAGAUGGGCCUAUCACCUCACAAAUAUAUAUAGCACAAGUACUAAUCCCCAGCUCCCUUGCUUCCACAGAGAAGACUCCAGGACUCUGUUGACCUUGGACAUCAAAAAGGCAGCCCUAUGGUUUGUGUUUGAAGCACUUAAAUUUUACCUAUUUAUGUUGGGGCCCAAAGAAGGCUGUGUGCUGCAGGAUUCGGGAUCUUGAGACACUCUGACUCUUGCUUCCAAGAAUGAGAUGAGACCUCUACCAUUUCUUUUAAAGCUACGUACUUAAAGCCCACUACUUUCUCUACCUUCGUGUCUAGUUAACCAGGAAAGAGCUUCCUUUGCUACCUGCCAGGUGGUUGAGGCCUUAGCAGCAUGUCCUCUCCCCAUGACUUCUCAUUUUCCAUUAUUUACACUGAGAGUUUGGAAAAGCAGACAGGUGAAUGACCUAUCCACCCUCUUACUGAUUGCACUGGCUUGAGUGGAGCAGCAGUAUUGCUGGAACCAUUAAAUUCAAUAAAUGCUUAAACAGUAGUUUACUCUGGUAUAUGGGAAGGUUCCAAGAGUCUUUGUACUUUAACUCACUUAUAUCUUCAAAUUGUGAUCCAGUAUUUACAAUGAAGACUAUCAUUUUCAAUGAAGAAAGAGUAUAGAAGGCAAAAGGCAGCCAAAAAGGUUGCCAGAUGCCAAGGAAAAUCAAGACCAAAAGCCCUACUAGGAAGUAUUUUAAUCAUUUUUCUUAGAAAAAAAAAAAAAAAAAAAGUCCAGACACUAUAAAUUCAUAACAUUUCAACAACAAACUAAUGGUUGAGAGGUUUCCAAGAGAUGGGAAUUCUAAAGUAUUAGAAGUUGGUAUCGUGCUUCACUACAGAUGGACGGCAUAGGGCAAUGGAGACUUCUGGCUACUAAGCCAAUGUCAGAACCCACUGGAAUGACAUUUUCUUCUGAAGUUCACUUUCCUUCUAUCUCCCUUGUCCGCAAAAAUGCCACCACAUAAAGCUCAGUAGGAGUUAGCUUAUGCUCCAUUCUUCCUCUUGGGUCACUCCUGUGUCUCCAUGCUUUCUUCUUCCUCUCCUUGAGGUGGUUCUUCUGUAUUCUCCUCCUCUUCCUCUCCUUCCUUCUUCUCUGGUGGCUUCUCAUAAGCCUUUUCUGAAGGUGUCACUAUUACCCCAUCCCAGGUAGAUAUUUCAGAAGCAAGGUCUAGAAGAGGAAAAAAAGAUGAUUUCAUUCAGGGCCUCCCUGGCAGUGAAGGGGUUAAAGUCUCAGCGCUAUCAUAUUGCCAGCUACUGCUGCAUGAGGCAUGAAUUCAAUCCCUGGCCAGGGAGCUAACCCACAUGGUGCAGCAGACCUGUCCUGUCUUGCCCGCUGCUCCCCUCAGCAGUGUUUUUCAAUAGAUCUGCCUGCUGUGCUCCCCACUCUGUCUCUGGUAAUCUUCUCACCCCCCAUACCUCUGGCCUCCACCCUAGUUCUUGUAUGCAUAAAUAAAAAUAAAUAUUUUAUUUUAAAAAAGUGAUUUCAGACAACCUAGCACAUAGUCAUAACCUAUACAGUGGAAAAAGAAUAAUGUAGAGCCUCAGGAUACCAUAAGAACCCCAAACCACAAAAUUUACUCACAGCUGGCAUCACCCUCCUGGCCAAGGAUCUUCCUAAAACCACCAUGAGAGAGGAUUCGGACCAGAGUCUGAGCUGUAUAGCAGACCAUGUCCUGAAGGAGAGAGAGGGUAGAUUAGCAAAGAGGAAGUACCUUAUUUGUCUAACAUUCUCAUACAAAUAGACGUAAUUUUUAAUUUCAAGACCAAAGUUUUUAAGAACCCCCAAAUCCCUCAACCCUAAAGACCACAUUCUCUUUGCCUUCUGACCAAGAGUACUCAAGACUGGGGCACAAUAGGCCAUUUCAUACCUGCUGUUCCAAAGUCAUGACUGUGUGUACUCUGAAGUUACCACUCUCACAGGGAUCUGUGAUACCCACUGACCCUGGCAGGAACAAUCCUGCAGCCAGAAUCUGCAAGCAACGCCUAAAAACAAAGUGUUAACACACAGAUUAUGUGUUAAUGCAAACAUACUACUUUAAAUAAAUACAGCCAUACCUUGUUUUUUAUUAUUAUUAUUUUUUUAACAAACUGAAGGUUUGUGGUAACACCAAAUAGAGGAUGUCUACCAGUGCUAAUACAUUUAAUUAAAGUAUGUACGUUUUCUGUGCCUUAUUUAUUUUUUUUUAAAGACAUAAUGCUGUUGCACAUUUAACCAACCACAGUAUAGAGUAAAUAUCUUUUUUUUUUUUAA